AGCUCUGGCGGGGCUUGCUGGGAUCAUGGCGGAGAAUCACUGCGAGCUGUUGCCGCCGGCCCCGGGCGGCCUCGGGGCGGGGCUGGGAGGCGGCCUGUGCCGGCGCUGCAGCGCGGGGCUCGGCGCCUUGGCCCAGCGUCCCGGCAGCGUGUCCAAGUGGGUCCGGCUCAACGUCGGCGGCACCUACUUCCUCACCACUCGGCAGACGCUGUGCCGGGAUCCGAAAUCCUUCCUGUACCGUUUGUGCCAGGCCGACCCCGACCUGGACUCGGACAAGGACGAAACAGGUGCCUACUUAAUCGACAGAGACCCCACCUACUUCGGGCCCGUGCUGAACUACCUGAGACACGGGAAGCUGGUCAUAAACAAAGACCUGGCCGAGGAAGGGGUAUUGGAGGAAGCAGAAUUUUACAAUAUCACCUCACUAAUAAAACUUGUCAAGGACAAAAUUAGAGAGCGAGACAGCAAAACAUCACAGGUGCCGGUGAAGCACGUGUACCGUGUCCUGCAGUGUCAGGAGGAGGAGCUCACACAGAUGGUCUCCACCAUGUCCGACGGCUGGAAGUUCGAGCAGCUGGUCAGCAUCGGCUCCUCCUACAACUAUGGCAGCGAGGACCAGGCCGAGUUCCUGUGUGUGGUCUCCAAGGAGCUGCACAACUCGCCGCACGGCCCCGCCAGCGAGCCCAGCGAGAAGGCCAAGAGUGACGACGAGGACACGGGUCCCGGUGACAGUGACUCAGAUUAAGUGUAAAUGUCACGAUUUUGCAAGAACGGGGCUCGAGGAUGUGAGGAACAGUGUUGAAGCUGAAGAGACGUUUUAUCUUUUCCCAAGAUGCAAUGAUCCGCCAUGUCGAGGAAGCUUGGCCGUGGAAGAAACGUGCUUUUGACAAUUUCUCUAGAGAUUUGAGUGUGAAUGCUUUUUCUGCCUCUGAGGUGGGUGGUGAGAGACGGGCCCAGCUGUCCGAAGCCGGGCAUCGCUGCGCGCAGGCGGCUUCUGCUGCGUGGGCAUCUCUGCGGGGACCUCCGCUUGGUUUCCCAAGUGCCGCUCGGGCCCGAGGCAGGGCUCCUGACUGACCCUUAUAUCACCGAAGAUCAUUUCAAGGACCGCGUUCUUGGUGCUACAUAAACAGUCUGUAACGGAGCCUGGACCUCGCUGGUAGGAGGUGGGCACAGUGCCCCGGGCUCUGGGUGCCCACCGGCCACCCUGGUCCUUGGGGCAGGGAGUCUGCUGUGCCUCCCAGACGUGACGGCUUGGUGGUCUCUCCCGACCUCCGCGUGUUCACUACUUCCUGGGCCUAACCCGGCCCGGCCAACCCAGGCUUCUCCGUUUGUAGUUUCCAGACAAGAGACCGUGGCGUCCUUUCUUUCCCAGUAUGGACAGACUGCCAGUGCUUUCACUCCUAGAGACGCCUGAAAGUGCUGCUGCCUUUUGGGCAGAUCUGUUAAGUCAUUUAAAGGGAGGUACAAGCCUCGUCUGACCCGCCCGGGGGCGCGGGGGCAGCUGGCGCCCGUCAGUGCCUUGGUCUUGCCUGGGCUGGAGGGCGGGGCGGGAGGCCUGUCCACGGGCUCCUGGAGCUGAGACUCCAGGCCACGCUGGAGAUCGGGUGUUUACAGCGCACACGGACGUCCCUCUGCCGGCUCGCGCUCUCUCGUGUAACUAUGCAGUUCUCUGACAUUUCUGGGGCGCUGGGGAGGAGCCUGCACGGCCUGCCCCCGCCUGACGCUGGAGCUGCCGGAUUGGAUUCCUUUGAGGACGGCUGUCCGCACACUUUGAGAGCUGACCUUCCCCAGCGGGUCGGGGGGCCUGGCUGUCAGGAACCUGUGCCCCCGUCCCGUCCAGGCGCUGACCUGCCUGGCUCCAGACGCUACCGGAGGCUUCUCGCCUGCCCCUCUUCUUCUUUGCCAAUAUUACCUGAUGAACCAAGUUCUCCAGCACUAGGACUUACCUCCUUUUGUAAGGUCUGUUGUGCGUGGUUCAGCGUUUGGCUUCACACCAACCUUUCCAUAGGGCACACUCGGCCCCGAGACCCGCCCUCCCCGCGGAGCCUCGGGGACACCGUGGGGCGCCGCUGAUUGCUUCGCGUCGUUUGAUUUGUGACCUUGACAUAAUAGAUAGGCUUGUGGUUUGUUCGUUUUUUUUUUUUAAUUUAAAGAUAUUAAGACUUAAUUCACUAAAAUUUAUUCUAAGGGGAUAUUUAUACUUUUGUACUUUUUUAGGUAUCCGUAUUUUAUCAGCUUACAGUUUAAUGCCUAAGUUUCCCCUGAAAAUAGCAAAUAAAAUUGUGUAUUUAUGACUGA